UAGUACAUCAUACACUUCACCCACACUGUUCCACGUGUAAAUUUGCUGAUAACCCGAAAACCGUACAUCCCCCACGUGGAAUUCUGCCGACGAUAGUUAGUUCUUCUUCAUCUUCAACCGCAUUCUUAGGGCUCUUCAUAUGUCAAGUUUGAAACGAACGAGCGUGAAAUUAAAGAAGAUAUUGAUUUUUAUAUUUUUUUAAUUAUAAAAUUCGAAAUCGUAUAGUUGAAUUAAAUCAUUGCUUCUCGGGGAUUCUACAGCUUGCCUUUCCGGAGAAGAGUCGUUAUCGCCUUUUUCCAUUAUUUGUAAAUAAAAGGAACUUGAUUUCCAUUUCUAUCUAAGUAUCUAACUUUCUCUUCUCUCAGUUCUUCUUGUGGGUAAAUCAUUCUCUCCUUCUUCUUCUAUUAUUGGAUUGGAAACUCUAUUAAGGAAUCUGUUUGCCUGCCGAGGCUCAUUACAUUCCUGCAAUACUGGUUAUCCCGUGUCUGUUUCAGCCUAUUGAUGAAGAUGUCACGAAUCCUUCCAUCAUUCCUGUCUGUAGAAAAAUGAUUCUUAGUAUCCUCUGCAGUGGAUAGUGAUGUUUAUCUCUGCUCUUUUAACUUCUGCGGGCAUCAACAUAGCUGUAUGUGUAGUCCUCCUGUCACUGUAUUCUAUAUUGAGAAAACAACCUGGAAAUAUUGGUGUCUACUUCGGGCGAAGACUUAUUCAAGAGCACCUCAAACGUACUGACCCCUUUUGGUUUGAAAGAUUUGUUCCUUCCCCAAGAUGGAUAGCAACGGCUUGGUCUACAUCUGAAGAUGAAAUUUUGGCAAUUGGUGGCCUAGAUGCCGUUGCUUUCCUUAGACUACUUGUUUUCAGCAUAAGGAUCUUCUCCGUUGCCGCUAUUAUUUGCAUGUUUCUUGUGCUUCCAUUGAAUUACUAUGGGCAACAGAUGAUACAUAAGCAAAUACCAUCAGAGUCACUGGAUGUGUUUACCAUUACAAAUGUUCAAGAAGGAUCAAAAUGGCUUUGGGUUCACUGUCUCGCGUUAUAUAUCAUAUCCUUUGCAGCCUGCAUCCUUCUUUACUUUGAGUACAAGAGCCUUUCUAGAAUGAGACUUGCACAGAUUGCUAAAGAUCCUGCAAACCCUAGUCAUUUUGCUGAAGCUCCUUCAAAACUGAACCCUAGUCAUUUUACAGUUCUUGUUCGCUCCAUUCCGUGGUCAUCAGGAAAAACAUACAGUGACACUGUAACAGACUUUUUCACAAACUAUUAUGCAUCCAGCUACUUAUCACACCAGAUGGUUUAUCGGUCUGGAACAGUACAAAAACUGAUGAGUGAUGCAGAAAAGGUAUACAAGGGGAUAUCACACUUUGCAUCUGCUUCUAUAGACUCGAGUUGUCAACCGAGUUUUGUAAGAUGUGGUCUAUGUGGUGGAACAGCACACUCUUUCAAGAUGCUCUCUAGAAAUGAGAGUAUCAUCAUUGAGGAGAACAAACCUGGCCUUUCCCACUUAGAUUCAACAAGGAGCCGUGAGGAAUGCGCUGCUGCCUUAGUGUUCUUCAAAACGCGCUAUGCUGCUUUUGUUGUUUCCAAGGUUCUGCAAUCAUCAAAUCCGAUGAUUUGGGUCACUGAUUUGGCUCCAGAACCACAAGAUGUUUAUUGGUCAAACCUUUGUAUCCCGUACAGGCAGUUAUGGAUUCGCAAGAUCUUAACUCUUCUAGCUACUACAGUGUUCAUGUUCUUGUUUCUUGUUCCCGUGACUCUCGUCCAAGGUCUUUCUCAGCUAGACAAGUUACAACAAACCUUCGGAUUUCUUAAGGGCUUACUGGAUACGAAGUACGUAAGGCAAUUGGUGACAGGUUACCUACCAAGUGUAAUAUUGAUGUUAUUUUUAUAUAGUGUACCUCCAUUGAUGAUGCUGUUUUCAGCCAUGGAAGGUUCUAUAUCUCGAAGUGCACGGAAAAAGAGUGCGUGUAUCAAAGUUUUGUACUUCACAAUCUGGAAUGUCUUCUUUGUUAAUGUUUUUUCCGGUUCUGUCAUCAGCCAGAUACAUGUGAUUACUAGUGUAAAAGACAUUCCUACCGAAUUAGCAAAAGCCGUACCACAGCAGGCAACGUUUUUCAUCACCUAUGUUCUGACAUCUGGUUGGGCCAGUAUAUGCACUGAAAUCGUGCAGCCUUUUGGUCUUCUGUGCAAUAUUUUCUAUAAAUUCAAACAGCAGAUGAGAAAUAUUCAUCAUCCUGACUGCGCUCUAUCAUUUCCGUACCAUACUGAAGUACCAAGGGUUCUCCUUUUCGGGCUCCUUGGUUUCACCUCUGCCAUCUUGGAACCCUUAAUAUUGCCUUUCUUGCUGGUUUACUUCUUUAUGGCUUACAUUGUGUAUAGGAAUCAGUUUCUCAAUGUGUAUUUUGCAAAGUACGAGACGGGGGGACAAUAUUGGCCUAUUGUGCACAACGCUACGAUCUUCUCACUGGUAUUGUCACAAAUAAUAGCUCUGGGAGUUUUUGGUCUAAAGAAAUCUCCAGUGGCUUCAGGUUUCACCAUUCCACUCGUCAUACUGACUCUGCUCUUCAACGAGUAUUGCAGAAAGCGGUUUAGUCCCAUAUUUAAGAAUUUCACAGCACAGGAUCUCAUAGAGAUGGAUAGACGAGAUGAACAGCAUGGAGAUAUGGAAGAGUUCCAUGAACAACUGAACACGAAAUAUUGUCAAUUCUCACUUAGUGACGAGAUUGCUAAAGUGGAAGAGUCUACACAUUCAACUAAAUCACAUUCUUUGGACGAAGACAAGGAAGUGAGGCAAGGUUUGGGAUACCCAACCCUUGGAAGUCUUAAUUUGAAUGGAAUGCAACAAGUAGUUACCUGGCUUUCUAUGCUUAGUUUUCAUGAGAGGAGGAGCCAACACCAAACACCCAAGUAAGCCAAAUUGGUGGAAUGUCCAUUUCAACCUAGAGGCAUAAGAUAGAAACAUAAAUAGCAAAAAGAAAAGUACAGGUAAAAAAGAAAGAGGAAAAAAGAAUCCCACAAUGGUAAAGGACGUCUGAUUUCUCUAUGGUUUGUAUAUGAUGGCUUUUAUGUUUUGUAAGUUGGUGUCUGUAAUUGUAUCACCACGGUUAAGUAGUGAUUUUAUUAAACUUUACCACUUUCGAAACAUUUGUGUUUCAACGGGAUCUGUCUCCUUCUCCAUUAGGCAUCUAUAGCUAGCUCUUGAUGAGUUUUGAAUCAGAGCAGUGUGAUAUUAUAGCGCUGGUCAAUUUUGUAACAGCAUAACAUGUCAAGUUAAUGGAAGUGAAUGUGAUCCCAACAUUCAAUUCUUUUACUUUU